AUGAGUCAAAAUCUUAAAAAUGGGUAUUUAGGGAGCAGCAAGGCUCCUGGUGACCUGGACUUCAGUCAGCAAGCUCGAGAGCUCUUACGCUGUUCGCUCUGCCACUCGCUGCUGUCUUCCUCUCCUCAGAUGGCUGCGAUACCCGCUCUGCUCCUGUUGGGGUCACUGUUUCUGUGCAGCCAUGCAGAAACCUCCACCGGCAUCAUAGAUGCACUGAAGGCCGCAGCACUCCAGUGGGAGGGGCCGAUCACCUGUGACGACUGGGACUGCAACUGUACGUUCACUCGCCAGCGAAGCUGCUGCUGUGCAGCCAAUGAGAUGUACCAACUGGAAGACCAAACCUACGGAAGGGUCAAAGGUCUAUGGUACGAUAUCAUGACUCUGUAUCACAGAGUGAAGGCGCUCUCAGAGAGUACCAAGAUUGCCUUCAAGGCCACCAUGAACUCCGCCAUUGCCAGCGUUCAGCCCGAUUUAGAGGUCAAAUGCUUUGGCCCUUUCAACAUCAACGUGCCGCUUCCUUUCUCCGAAGUCACUCUGAAUGACGGCUUUGGAUAUAACCCCACGCUGGGUAUCUUCACUGCUCCGAAAUCUGGCAUUUACGUGUUUUCUUUCACAAUCUACUCAUACGUGGGGGAAAGCGAGCGCCUCUACCACAAAGUGAUACUGAUGAGGAAUGGAGAGCAGGCUGUCAGCGUGUGGGAGAACAACCGAGAGGAUGGGGAAGACAGCGCCUCUCAGAUUGUGAUUCUGAGGCUGGUACAAGGUGACCAGGUCUACCUGGAUCUGCUGUCCGGGAGGAAAAUCUGCAGACAUCUGGAGUACAACAUCUUUACCGGUUACAUGCUGUAUCCCGACAUGGAGGAGGCGCCCUUCUAUGCUGAUUAA